AUGCCCGAGACCCAUGCUUCACGUCCCGUUCUCCUCAUUGGCGCAGGCCUCUCAGGCCUUGCUCUGGGGCGGCUUCUAACGAACAACGGAAUUUCAAACGUUGUGUUCGAGUCCUCUCUAUCAGAACGGAAGCAAGGGUUUGCAAUUUCUCUGCACGAUUGGGGCUAUUCUCCACUCCUCGAGGUUCUCGGCGAAGUCUCUCUGCAAAGCUUGACCAAGGCGGCUGCCCCAGACCGCUCGAUUUGGGGCUCCGGCACGGAGCUGGCAGAAGCCAUGGCGAAACAGACUUCUGUAGAUCGUGCAGUAGAGGCGUACUAUGAAGUGGCAGCACGUCGCUGUCAAGAAGCUGUGCGCCGGUCACGAUCACGAUUCUACGUGCUGCAUCGACCCAUAUCAGAAUGGCGAGACAUUGCAGAGAAGCGGCGGAUCAAGGCGCUCGAAAACCGUCAGACAGAAUUAGCAAACCAGUAUUGA